AGGCGGCCCCGCACGGCCCCGCGCUAGCCGGCCCCGGAGCAGGCGCCCCCAGUGGCCGGGGCGGGAAGCGAAGGGGCCGGGCGCCCGUCCCUGAGGGCCCGGCUCUGUCACGCCGGGCUUAAUACCUCUCCUGGCCUCCUUCAGACCUUCGAGGCCGCAGCCUUGGUCCUGCGACCGGGAGUUUGUUCCAGAGGCCAGGGCCAGGAGAUCCAUUCGGGACAGGUCAGCAGUUCGAGUUUGCCCAGGACGAGAGAAAGGUGACCAGGUGCCCCUGUCCCCGCAGGCGUCGUCUCUCCUGCCAGCCGUCGGGUCAGCCCUACGCUGCCCCCAGCUCCUCACGGGUUAACCCCCCUUCGCCGCCCGCUCGCUUCUCGGUGCCAAAGUGGGUGUUGCUGGAAUUCCUCUCUCCCUCUCCCGUAAUGAGGGGGCUGAGCUGUCCCUCCGAGGAGGGGGCAUGGUGUAGAUAAAAGAGACGAAAAAACAGGGGGAGGUUUCCAAAAAUAAAAGCGUCCGUCUCCCCUUCAGAAGGCUGCAGAGACGGCAGAAGGCGCGAAGGUGCAGCGGCGGUGCGCGCCUGGCUGGAGACGAGCGGACGCCAGGCUCGGGGCGCGCAGCCCGGGGACCGCUCACGUCGCCCAGCCCUCGCCCCGAGAAGGCUGGCUUGGAGCCCCUAGACCGGGAGAAGCGGGCCACCAGCCGGGGAACGGAGCGCGGCCGCCGCAAGCCCCCGGGAAAGUUCCCGCUCACCGCUCUGCAGUCGCCCCCGGCGCCAUGAGGCCCCCGACCACCCACCGCUGCCCCAGGCGCGCCCUGCAGAACCCCUGCGGGGGCCUCCUUGCCCUCGCCCUGGCUCUCUUCGUGGGCAUGGGCCAUGCUCAGAGGGACCCAGUGGGAAGAUACGAGCUGGCUGGCAGGGACGCGAAUCGGCUGUGGCGCCCCGGGGGCAGUCACCCCGCAGCGUCUGCAGCCAAGGUGUACAGUCUAUUCCGAGAGCAAGACGCGCCAGUCCCGGGCUUGCCGCCCACGGAGCGGGCCCAACCCGGCUGGGGGAACCCCCGGAGGCCUGCCGACGCGCUGGCCAGGAGGCCGCCCCGCGCGCAGCAGCCGCGGCGAGCCCAGCCACCUGCGCAGACCUGGAGAAGCAGUCCCUCGGGCCAGCAGCAGCCCGCAGCCCGGGCCCGGGCCGCCCCGGCUCUCCCGCGCCUCGGAACCCUCCAGCGGCCCGGGGCUGCGCCCCCAACCCCACCGCGAGGGCGGCUUACGGGGAGGAAUGUCUGCGGGGGACAGUGCUGCCCAGGAUGGACGACAGCAAACAGCACCAACCACUGCAUCAAACCUGUGUGCCAGCCGCCUUGCCAGAACAGGGGAUCCUGCAGCCGGCCCCAGCUCUGCGUGUGCCGCUCUGGCUUCCGCGGAGCCCGCUGCGAGGAGGUCAUUCCUGAAGAGGAAUUCGACCCCCAGAACUCAAGGCCAGCACCCCGCCGCUCAGCCGAGGGGUCACCCAACCUGCGAAGGAGCAGCGCAGCCAGAGAAAUCACCACGACCCCCAGAGCGCGGUCACUGGCAUCACAGCAGCCGCUGGCCAGGACCCUGAGUGGGCUCAGCCAGACCCAACCCUCCCAGCAGCACGUGGGGUUGUCCCGGACUGUCCGGCUUUACCCAACCACCGCAGCCAGUGGUCAGCUCACCUCCAAUGCCCUGCCCGCAGGGCCAGGCCUUGAGCGAAGGGAUGGCACCCAUCAGGCAGCGUAUCUGGACCACCCGUCAUCCCCCUGGGGGCUGAACCUCACUGAGAAAAUCAAGAAGAUUAAGAUCGUCUUCACUCCCACCAUCUGCAAGCAGACUUGUGCCCACGGACACUGUUCCAACAGCUGUGAGCGUGGCGACACCACCACCCUGUAUAGCCAGGGUGGUCAUGGGCAUGACCCCAAGUCUGGCUUCCGCAUCUAUUUCUGCCAGAUCCCUUGCCUGAACGGAGGCCGCUGCAUCGGCCGGGACGAGUGCUGGUGCCCCACCAACUCCACCGGCAAGUUCUGCCACCUGCCCUCCCCGAAGCUGGACACGGGGCCUCCAGAGAGGGGCUCCCGCCACGGGGCCCUAUGGGAAGGCCCCUUGAGGCAGUCCACAUUCACUUUGCCUCUCUCCAACCAGCUGGCCUCCGUGAACCCCUCCCUGGUGAAGGUGCAUAUCCACCACCCGCCGGAGGCCUCCGUGCAGGUCCAUCAGGUGGCUCGGGUGCGGGGCGAGGCCCCGGAGGAGAACAGCGUGGAGACCAGACCCUCACCCCGGCUCCCCGCCAGCCCCCGCCACAGCCACUGGGACGGCAACAGCAUCCCCGCGCGGUCUGGAGAGGCCCCUCAGCCACCACCCCCAGCAGCACCCAGGCCUCCAGGACGGCUGGGCCGCUGUUAUCUGAGCUCUGUGAACGGACAGUGUGCCAACCCCUUGCUGGAGCUGACUGCCCAAGAGGAUUGCUGUGGCAGUGUGGGAGCCUUCUGGGGGGUGACCUCAUGUGCCCCAUGCCCCCCAAGACCAGCCUCCCCAGUGAUUGAAAAUGGCCAACUGGAGUGUCCCCAGGGGUACAAGAGACUGAACCUCACUCACUGCCAAGAUAUCAACGAGUGCCUGACCCUGGAUCUGUGCAAGGACUCGGAGUGCGUGAACACCAAGGGCAGCUACUUGUGCACCUGCGGGCCUGGCCUCAUGCUGGACCCAUCCAGGAGUCGCUGUGUGUCCGACAAGGCCGUCUCCAUGCAGCAGGGGCUGUGCUACCGGUCGCUGGGGCCUGGCGCCUGCACCCUGCCUUUGGCCCAAAGCAUCACCAAGCAAAUCUGCUGCUGCAGCCGAGUGGGCAAAGCUUGGGGCAGCAAGUGUGAGAGAUGCCCCCUGCCUGGCACAGAGGCCUUCAGGGAGAUCUGCCCUGCUGGCCACGGCUACACCUACUCGAGCUCACACAUCCGCCUGGCCAUGAGGAAGGCCGAGGAGGAGGAACUGGCCAGGCCCUCCAGGGAGCAAGUGCAGAAGAGCUACGGGACCCCACCCGGGCCAGCGGAGAGGCAGCCGCUCCGGGCCGUCACCGACACCUGGCUGGAGGCCGAGACUGUCCCUGACAAGGGAGACUCUCAGGCUGGCCAGGUCACAACCAGUGCUACCCAAGUACCCGCCUGGGUCCCAGGAGAUGCCAUAGAAAGACCAACGCCACCACUUCCUGGACUGGGGAUUCCAGACAAGGAAGAAGAGCACGUGACAACCCCCGUGGAGGGGCUGGUGGCCCUGGGCCCCUCAGGCAUUGACAGAUGUGCCACCGGAGCCACCAACAUCUGUGGCCCAGGAACCUGCGUGAACCUCCCAGAUGGGCACAGUUGCAUCUGCAGCCCCGGCUACCAGCUGCACCCCAGCCAGGCCUACUGCACGGAUGACAAUGAGUGCCUGAGGGACCCCUGUGCGGGAAGAGGACGCUGCGUCAACCGAGUGGGUUCCUACUCCUGCUUCUGCUACCCUGGCUACACGCUGGCCACCUCAGGGACCACACAGGAAUGCCAAGACGUGGACGAGUGUGAGCAGCCAGGGGUGUGCCGCGGGGGCCAGUGCACCAACACGGAGGGGUCGUAUCACUGCCAGUGUGACCAGGGCUACAUCAUGGUCAGGAAGGGACACUGUCAAGAUAUCGACGAAUGCCGUCACCCUGGCACCUGCCCCGACGGGAGAUGCGUCAACUCCCCCGGCUCCUACACUUGUCUCGCCUGCGAGGAGGGCUACAGGGGCCAGAGCGGGAGCUGUGUAGAUGUAAACGAGUGUCUGACCCCCGGGGUCUGCGCCCACGGAAAGUGCAUCAACCUGGAGGGCUCCUUCAGAUGCUCUUGUGAGCAGGGCUACGAGGUCACCUCAGAUGAGAAGGGCUGCCAAGAUGUCGAUGAGUGUGCCAGCCGAGCCACGUGCCCCACGGGCCUCUGCCUCAACACCGAGGGCUCCUUCACCUGCUCAGCCUGCGAGAGUGGCUACUGGGUGAACGAAGACGGCACUGCCUGCGAAGACCUGGACGAAUGCGCCUUCCCGGGAGUCUGCCCCUCGGGAGUCUGCACCAACACCGCCGGCUCCUUCUCCUGCAGGGACUGUGAGGCGGGCUACCGGCCCAGUGCCCUGGGCCGCACCUGUGAAGACGUGGAUGAGUGCGAAGACUUCCGGAGCAGCUGCCAGGGAGGCGAGUGCAAGAACACGGCUGGCUCCUACCAGUGCCUCUGCCCCCCAGGCUUCCAGCUGGCCAAUGGCACAGUGUGUGAGGACGUGGACGAGUGUGUGGGAGAGGAGUACUGUGCACCCCGUGGCGAGUGCCUCAACAGCCAUGGGUCCUUCUUCUGUCUCUGCGCACCAGGCUUCACCAGCGCAGAGGGGGGCACCAGCUGCCAGGAUGUGGACGAAUGUGCGGCCACAGACCGGUGUCUGGGAGGACACUGUGUCAACACCGAGGGCUCCUUCAGCUGUCUGUGUGAGGCUGGCUUCCAGCCCUCCCCAGAGAACGGGGAGUGUGUGGAUAUUGACGAGUGUGAGGACUACAGGGACCCGGUAUGUGGGGCCUGGAGGUGUGAGAACAGCCCCGGCUCCUACCGCUGUGUCCUGGGCUGCCAGCCUGGUUUCCACAUGGCUCCAACUGGAGACUGCAUUGACAUAGACGAGUGUGCCAACGACACCAUGUGUGGGAGCCACGGCUUCUGCGACAACACCGACGGCUCCUUCCGCUGCCUCUGUGACCAGGGCUUUGAGACUUCGUCCUCUGGCUGGGACUGUGUUGACGUGAAUGAGUGUGAGCUCAUGCUGGCGGUGUGUGGGGCAGCACUCUGUGAGAACGUGGAGGGCUCCUUCCUGUGCCUCUGUGCCAGUGACCUGGAGGAGUACGACACUCAGGAGGGGCACUGUCGCCCGCGGGUGGCUGGAGGUCAGAGUAUUCCUGAGACCCCACCAGGGGACCACCCCCCAGGCCCCAUUCGCAUGGAAUGCUACUCUGGGCAGGAAGGCCAGCUCCCCUGCUCCAGCCUUCUGGGCCGGAACACCACACAAGCCGAGUGCUGCUGCACCCAGGGCACCAGCUGGGGAGAUGCCUGUGACCUCUGCCCAGCUGAGGACUCGGCUGAAUUCAGCGAGAUCUGCCCUAGUGGUAAAGGCUACAUCCCCGUGGACGGAGCCUGGAUGUUUGGACAGACCACGUACACAGAUGCAGAUGAGUGUGUGAUGUUCGGGCCCAGUCUCUGCCAGAACGGCCGCUGCCUCAACACGGUGCCCGGCUACAUCUGCCUGUGCAACCCUGGCUACCACUACAACGCUAUCCACAGGGAGUGUGAGGAUCACGACGAGUGCCAGGACAUGGCCUGUGAGAAUGGUGAGUGUGUGAACACUGAAGGCUCUUUCCACUGCUUCUGCAGCCCCCCUCUCACCCUGGACGUCAGCCAGCAGCGCUGCGUGAACAGCACCGGUAGCACGGAGGACCUGCCUGACCACGACAUCCACACGGACAUCUGUUGGAAAAGAGUCACCAACUAUGUGUGCAGCCAACCCCUGCACGGGCGCCGCACCACCUACACGGAAUGCUGCUGCCAGGAUGGCGAGGCCUGGAGCCAGCAGUGUGCCCUCUGCCCCCCCAGGAGCUCUGAGGUCUACACUCAGCUGUGCAAUGUGGCCCGGAUUGAAGCAGAGCGGGAGGCGGGGGUGCACUUCCGGCCAGGCUAUGAGUACGGCCCUGCGCCCGAGGACCUGCAUUACAGCCUCUACGGCCCCGAGGGGGCGCCGUUCUACAACUACCUGGGCCCCGAGGACACCAUCCCAGAGCCACCCUUCCCCAACACAGCCAGCCGUGCAGGGGACCACACACCAGUUCUAGAGUCACCCCUGCAGCCCGCGGCACUCCAGCCCCACUACGUGGCCAGCCAGCCAGAGCACCAGGCCGGCUUCGAAGGGCUUCAGGCAGAGGAAUGUGGCGUCCUGAACGGCUGUGAGAAUGGCCGCUGUGUGCGCGUGAGGGAGGGCUACACCUGUGACUGCUUUGAGGGCUUCCAGCUGGACAUGGCCCACAUGGCCUGUGUGGAUGUGAACGAGUGUGAUGACUUGAACGGGCCUGCUGCCCUCUGUGCCCACGGUCACUGCGAGAACACUGAGGGCUCCUACCGCUGCCACUGCUCCCCAGGUUAUGUGGCUGAGGCAGGCCCCCCACACUGCACUGCCAAGGAGUAGUAGUGAGGGGUCAGUGUGGACAGCUACCUGGAAAUGGGCCCCAGCCACAGGCAGGGGCCUUGAGGAGGCUUUCCUAGCAGGGAAGACACCAUGAAGAAGCAGGCAGAAGGCCCUGCAGCCCAGCUACCAGCCAGCCCUGCCUGCUUUUCAACUCUCCCAGCUUAGGCCCUGGCUGUGAGCUUCUAUCACUGCCUUCAUGCCGCCAUGCCCUUGCUUGGCUCGAACACCACCAAAUGCUAAUGCUUCAGCCACUGGCCGUGAGGAUCAGUCUGCCACCUGUCCUGGCCUUGCUGUGGGAUGCUUACCAAAGAGUGGCCCUCAUCCACCCCUGCAAGCUGUGCAAACAUGCAAGGUCAUUCGGCCUCACACUGCAGACACCCUUUCCCAGCCACGAUCCACGUAACAUCCUGAUGAUUCCACACCUGGGUCAGAGGUUACAUCUGCCCAGGUAUGGUCCUUCAGUAUCUCCUGAGCAAAAAAGGAUUGGCGGAAGUUUGGGGAGUGACUCCAAGGCCUCCUCCCCAGAACCAUCACCUCAGCCAAUCUCGUCUGGGCCAGAUUUUGCCACAUCUCCAUCCUGCAGCAGUUCUGUGGCCCCAGAGAAGGGCGGAAGAUCCCCUCAUCUCAGAGAAGCAAGACUGAUACUAGCUUGCUGAGUAAGACACACAAAUGAAGGGGAGCACGGAGACUGAGAAAGCAACAAGAGGGCAAUAUGAAAAAUAUGGGAAGUUGGUAAGAAAGGGGGAGCCAAGGCUUUCAACAAGGCUAAAGAAAAUGUUCAGUAGCUCUGGGUCAACAGUCACCAUCUACCCACAACAGCUCCUGUGCACCCCAGCAAGGGCUGCCACAGGACAGGCUACCCAUCUCCGAAGACCUGUACUAAAUACACCCUGCUUCUUACAGGACACAGAUCUCCCCUGGGCUCUCCUUUUGUGGUUACCAGUUUGAGGUACUAAAAAUAAAGGGGUCUAUUUUCUAGCUUGUGAAAUACAGUGUAGUCUUGUUUAAGGGAAGCCCGAUUUCCCAUGUUGUUUCUUCUCUCUACUCAGAAGCCCUUGCUGUCUUUCUUUCAAAAAUGGGAUGGCUAGCAGCCCUCUCAGUUUACAAGUAGAGACCCACUCCAUCCUUGGCUAACUAGGAGUUUAGAACCAUGGUGGAAUAAAGAAAUGUACAUCUGGGCUCCUGUUUUUAUUUCAUAUUAAACCAAAUUUCUUUACCAUGUUGGCUAAGUCUAAAUGUUAGACACAAGGCUGUGCCUAUCCUUUUGCCAGCUCUGCCAAAAGCCUAUGAUUGGGAUCCAAUGGGAAAAGGUUCUUUACUCUUCUAAGACAAGGAAAGUUCUGCCUUUGCCUUCGUCUGAUGAAAGGCAAUGGUAAACGAACAAGACUCCAUGUGCCUGAAGACAUGGAGAUGAAUGCUAUUUUCUUAAUUUAAUCUGUCCUGUCCUACCUGCUGCUCUAAUUGUCAGCCAUCCCAUAAUAACUUAUUAAAUGCUUGUUAUGUGCUAGGCACUAUAUUGAGGGCUGAACACAAAUUUCAUUUAAUCAUCCAGCAAUCCUACUUGCUAUUUUUAUUCCCAAUUUACAGAUGAGGAAAUUGAGACACACAGAGUUUAAACAAUUUGCUCUACGUCACUAUACUAGUUGAGAUGUUUUCAGCAGACAAAAAUAUGUAGUUCUUACACAUAUGAAAAUAUUCGUAACAAAAGAAAUACGAGUUAAAACCACACUUGAGACACUUUUUCAAAACUGUCAGAUCGGCAAAGAUCAAAAGUUUGUUAAGACUCCUAGUUGGCAAGCAUUUGGUGCAAGAGGGACUAACAUACACAGCUGACAGGGGCUUAAACUGACACAACUUCUGAAGAGGAUGAUAUGGCAAUGUCUUUCGAAAUUAUAAAAGCAUGUACUCUUUGACUCUUCUAGGAAUUUAACCUUCAGAUAUAUUCUCACCAAAUGUGAAAUGACACAUGUAAGAGGUUAUUUAAUAUAGCAUUACCUGUAACAGCAAAAGAUUAGAAGCAAUUAUUUGCUACGGAGGCCUAAAAAAGAAGGGGAAAAAAUGGUUCUAAAUGCCUUGAUAAGAAGUCCAAAACAGACUAAGCGGGGAAAGAAGACUGCGUAACAAAGUGGACCAUGUGCUGCUGUCUGUCUAAAGAAAGGGGAAAGACAACUGGGUAUCUGCUGACCUCAUCCUUGCCCCUCUGCCUUACACCCCACAGUUCAGAGAACUUCCCACUCUUCUAUAUACCCGCGGGCGCUGCGCCCCCUCCCAACCCUCACCUUCCUGCUCACCCUUCCAGAAAAACUUCAUGCACAUACACAUAUUUCUCUGUAUCAAAAACACAAAUCGCAUCCUAUGCAUGCUGUUCUGCACUUCGCUUUUUUCACUUAAUCCAUACUUGCACAUACAGAACUGUCUCAUCCUAUUUUAUAAUUGUAUACUAUUCCACUGAAUGGAUAAAUCAUAAUUUAUUUAAUCAGUCCCCUAUUGAUGGACAUUUCCAUUGUUUCCUAUCUCUUGCUAUUAUAAGUAAUGCUAUAAUGAAUAUUCUUGUGUAUAUGUUAUUUCACAUUAUAUCUAUGGGAUUAUACCUAUUGGGUAAAUUCUUAGAAACAACAGUGGUUUGUAGGGAGGGUGACAGGGUGAAUGGGUACAGGACUGGGAGACUUUUCACUGUAUCCCCUUUUGUGUCUUUUGGAAUUUUGUACCAUGUGUAUUACCUUUUCAAAAAAAUAAAAUAUUUUUAAAUACAGCUUUGA